UCUUUCUUUUACUUGUAUGUCAGUUUGUUUUUGCAAGGCUGGAACUUUGAAACUUUUUGUUUGAAAACCCAAUCAUUCACAGUAACAAACAAGAACCACCGCCCCCAUCUUUCACUCCCAUCACUCAACUUUUCUUGUUUUCACACUUCAUAUUUACUCUUCUUUCUCAUCCUAUAUAUUUACAUAGCAAAAACAACGUCAAGAUUUGCAAAAACACAGCAAUUCCAGAAAAAAUGACAAGAUUUACAAUGCUAGUAGUUCUUGUUCUUGUUCUUCUAUGUCUAUGCCAUUUAUCAGUAGCAACAAUAGGAAGUAGUAGUAAUAAGAAGAGUACUUACAUAGUACACGUGGCAAAAUCCCAAAUGCCAGAGAGUUUUGAAGACCAUAAACACUGGUAUGAUUCAUCACUAAAAUCAGUUUCUGAUUCAGCAGAAAUGUUGUAUGUUUACAACAACGUUGUACAUGGUUUCUCAGCAAGACUGACUGUUCAAGAAGCAGAAUCACUAGAGAGACAAUCUGGGAUUCUGUCUGUUUUGCCGGAGAUGAAAUAUGAACUUCACACGACAAGAACACCAUCUUUUCUGGGUCUUGAUAGAAGUGCUGAUUUUUUUCCAGAAUCAAAUGCGAUGAGUGAUGUGAUUGUUGGGGUUCUUGAUACUGGAGUUUGGCCAGAAAGCAAGAGUUUUGAUGAUACUGGACUUGGACCUGUUCCUGAUUCUUGGAAAGGAGAGUGUGAAUCUGGUACCAAUUUCAGUUCUUCAAAUUGCAAUAGGAAAUUGAUUGGUGCAAGGUACUUCUCGAAAGGUUAUGAGACCACUUUGGGUCCUGUUGAUGUAUCCAAAGAGUCGAAAUCUGCAAGGGACGAUGACGGACAUGGAACACACACUGCUACUACUGCAGCUGGUUCAGUUGUUCAGGGCGCUAGUCUCUUUGGGUAUGCUUCUGGAACUGCUCGCGGAAUGGCAACUCGUGCUAGAGUUGCUGUGUACAAAGUUUGUUGGAUUGGUGGUUGUUUUAGCUCUGAUAUAUUAGCAGCUAUGGAUAAAGCCAUUGAUGAUAAUGUGAAUGUGCUUUCUUUAUCACUUGGUGGUGGCAAUUCAGAUUAUUAUAGAGAUAGUGUCGCAAUUGGAGCAUUUGCUGCUAUGGAGAAAGGGAUUCUAGUCUCUUGCUCAGCAGGUAACGCUGGUCCUAGUCCCUAUAGUUUGUCCAAUGUAGCGCCGUGGAUAACUACUGUGGGUGCAGGAACAUUGGACCGUGAUUUUCCUGCAUAUGUAAGCCUAGGCAAUGGUAAGAAUUUCUCUGGUGUUUCACUCUACAAAGGGGAUUUGUCACUAAGUAAAAUGCUUCCCUUUGUGUAUGCUGGUAAUGCUAGUAAUACUACAAAUGGAAAUCUUUGCAUGACGGGUACCUUAAUUCCUGAGAAGGUUAAAGGAAAAAUUGUUCUAUGUGACCGCGGGAUAAACCCGAGAGUCCAAAAAGGUUCUGUAGUAAAAGAAGCCGGUGGGGUUGGUAUGAUUUUGGCUAACACUGCCGCCAAUGGGGAUGAACUGGUGGCUGAUGCCCAUUUGCUUCCAGCAACGACGGUUGGUCAGACGACAGGAGAAGCAAUCAAGAAAUACUUAACCUCGGAUCCUAAUCCAACAGCCACAAUUCUUUUCGAGGGAACUAAGGUGGGGAUCAAACCGUCACCAGUGGUUGCUGCAUUUAGCUCCAGAGGACCAAACUCAAUCACGCAGGAAAUUCUCAAACCGGACAUCAUAGCACCAGGUGUUAACAUCCUCGCAGGGUGGACAGGUGCGGUUGGUCCGACAGGGUUGGCCGAGGACACAAGACGCGUUGGGUUCAACAUUAUAUCGGGCACGUCUAUGUCUUGCCCGCACGUGAGUGGUUUGGCUGCUUUGCUUAAAGGAGUGCACCCCGAUUGGAGCCCAGCGGCUAUUCGCUCGGCUCUUAUGACCACGGCUUAUACAGUGUACAAGAACGGCGGUGCGCUCCAAGAUGUCUCGACGGGAAAGCCGUCCACGCCGUUUGAUCAUGGUGCAGGACAUGUAGACCCUGUUGCAGCAUUAAACCCCGGACUUGUUUACGACUUGAGGGCUGAUGAUUAUCUGAAUUUCCUCUGUGCCUUGAACUACACAUCAAUCCAGAUCAAUAGCAUUGCUAGAAGAAACUACAACUGUGAAACAAGUAAGAAAUACAGUGUCACUGAUUUGAAUUACCCUUCAUUUGCUGUUGUAUUUCCAGAACAAAUGACUGCAGGCAGUGGAAGCAGUUCUAGCUCCGUUAAAUAUACACGAACGCUUACUAAUGUUGGACCAGCAGGAACAUACAAAGUUAGUACUGUUUUUUCACCAAGCAACUCAGUGAAAGUCUCGGUUGAGCCUGAAACAUUGGUUUUUACUCGUGCGAACGAGCAGAAGUCAUAUACUGUGACUUUCGCUGCUCCUUCAACUCCAUCAACUACGAAUAUGUUUGGUAGAAUCGAGUGGUCAGAUGGCAAGCAUGUAGUUGGUAGUCCAGUGGCCAUUAGUUGGACAUGAAAAGGUUAUCGAUAGCUCGUUUUCGAAUGUAGCUUCUGUUUAGUUAUUUUAGUUAUCUAGUUAAGUUCUCAGCAAACACUUGGAAGCUGGGUUUCAAAAGUUCGAUGGAAAACUGUAUGCCUUAAGGAAAAUGGGCAUGCCUUUUCUUGCUCAUUGUACAGUAAUUGUCCAAGAACUAGGAGUUUUUUCUUUUCUUGCAUUUAUAAUCUUGCUCAAUAACUUGUAUUGUUGUGUGUUGUAACUGGUUGCUAAAGAUAAUUAAUAUGAUCUCAAAUAUUUGAGAGUAUUUUCUAUGAGUUUAA